AUGCACAGAAAUCAUGUGCCAUUAGACACGUCUUCACCCUCAGCAAGGCCAUCAUCGUGGCAAUUGCGCUUUGGCAAAAAAUCAGUCUAUCAAGUUGACUUACAGCACGGUACAGCGAAGCCUGAAGUCGAAAUUCAGGCUCGAUCACCUUCACUAUCAGAUCGACUUUUGCAAGCACUGGACACAAAGCCAAAAGAGCAGGAAGACAUAAGCGGUGAAUGUGUGGAUGAGUUGCUAGGUUGGCGUAAUGCAUUUGCCAGCGAGCCUGAAUGGCGCCUUCGAAAUCAAACACGGGAUGCAAACGAUAUCGUGGUUAAUUUUGAGGAGACUCCAGGUCAGGAAAUUGCAGAAGAAGCGAGAGAAAUCAUUCAAGCACGAUUUCAACUUGAGAAGCAAGCAGAUGCAUUGCGCCAUGCUCAGAAUUUUCGAGAUGGAAGCAAGUCACGAGGAGAGAAGAAAAACUUGCAUCGGAUAGGUUUGGCAAUUACAAACUCAGCAAGUCGGAUCGACGACAGAAACAUACCGACGAUGCCGUCACGCAGCCUGAAUAAGCAGCAUGUCUAUUUAGAGAAAAAUAAUUUUGGAAACCAGGAAGUGAAGGAGUGUUUGAGGAAAAAAGUUUCUCAAAGAAAGCAACACACUCAGCUGCAACAUCGACAAAAAGCUGGCGCAUUCAAAUCGAAAAAGAGGACACAAAUAUGUAUUCCUCCACCCCAGCAAUUGUCAAUGGAACGGCGACAGGAGCUUCUACUACAAGCACGCAAAACGCGCAAAGCUCAGGUGGUGGAGGAGGGCACUUUGCACAAGCUACCGAAGCCUACCUGUGACAAUAACGAGGAGGUGAGCGAACAGCAGCGCCUUGUCGAAGAAAAAAUUAAGCGCCUUACGUUAGAGAAUCAGCAUGCUGUGGCGCUAAAAGAACGCCUCGAGCAUCGCAAAGCACGUUUACAGAUAUUGAAAAACCUGUUUAAUGCUUGGUAUCGUUUAAUAGAAUCGAAACGAGAAGUAGAGGCUCAAGUUGUUGCUGACUAUAAAUGGCGCAUAAUGAUGCGUUAUGUGGCGACAUGGAAGCGAUACACACAUCGACGAGGCCAAACAAGGGCUGUCGAGCAGUCCCGUCUGAAGAAAGUAGAUGAACAACAAAUGAACGAGCGAGCUCAAGAAUAUUAUCGCUCCAAGCGCUUACCGGUAUGGUUAUAUCGAUGGAUGGCAUUCGUGUCGCAUCAGCAGGGUCAUCGUGCAGCGGUAGAUGCCGUUCACAGACGUAAGGUACACUUUCAGCGGCUCAUUCAGAAACAACAGAACAAAUUAUUAAAAGUUGAGUGUGAUGACUGCCAACCUGGUAUGGAGGAUUUUGGCGCUCAAAGAUGUGAUACGUCUUCUCAAGAUACAACAGACAGAUGUGUUAAUAUAUCUGAUGGUCGCAGCACACAAGUAACAGUGGAACAAAUAAGGAGAAAAGUGCAGACCUGGACGGAUUUUAAGGACUCAAAAGCACCGCAGUCCGACGGCAGUAUUGUUGAUUUUUCAAAUCAAAAGCCUGCUAAGACGCAGCUUCCAAAAUGUUUAAGACGAGCUCACAAGCACGCAGACAAGGUAUUCGAUUCUAUGGAACAGCGUGCUGCCGAGCGGAAAGAACGGCGGCUUAAGUUAAAGCGAAGAUACGAAGAGCUUGAGCAAAAGAAGCGACAAGAGCAGGAAGAGCAACGAGCAGCUCAAGAAAACAUAAUUCUUGAAAAGCAGUUGGAAGAAAAGGCACGAGCUCGAGAAAGAAAGCUCGCAGAAGCUGUUUUGUUAAAGGAAAAACGCGAGCGUCGUGCCUAUUUAAGUGCUCAGUGGGAUAAGGCAUUGAAGCAUGACUGUCGGCGACUAUUGUUCUUCUACGCGAUAUUGCCAUGGCAGAAGCAUCAGGCUCUCAUUGAACGGGUCGCGCGCAACGCAACACGAUGGCAUGAGCUGCGAUCUGUUUACUCGCAUUGGGAGAGAUGGCAAGAAUUUGUGCAGAUUUGUCGCGAGAUGCGCUGUCGACACGAAAGUGCUCAAUUAAAAAAGGCCGACCAACUUUAUACCCGUAAUGUCAAACGACGUGCAUUUUGGCGGUUAGCACGACACCUCCAAGCAAUCCGGUCUCAGGCACAUUAUGUCUGGCGUCAAAGUCAGCGGAGCACGCUUGAGCAUUCUUGGAAGCACUGGUUUAACUGUUUUAUAAGUAAAUGCGCUUACCAAGAAAAGUUUGUUUUUGACGCAAUGAUCCACAUGCAAUACUUCAAACUGCGCCAAAUUUUUGGGCGGUGGCACAUGGCUACGAAUGAAGCCAAACAUCAGCGAUACAUCGAUCAAGAAAAACAGCUAUUGUGGCGAAAGGUGCGGGGAUGGCUUAAUGAAAGUGAUUGA